CCUCUUCUCGGUAUAAUGUCAAAAACCAUUGCAGUGAAAGUAAAUGUAUUUAAAGUUCAGCACGCGCUCGGCUCCUCUUCACUCCUCCUCUCUGCUCUUCUCUCUUCUUCUCUCUUCUCUGAAGAAAAUCUCCACACAAAACUCCAGCAACUCCUGAACAUCAUGAUCUCCACACAUUAUAUUAGCAUCAUCUGCUUCUUCAGUGCAGUUUUCCUCCUAGUAGAGUCUCAGAUCAUAUCAGCUCCAGUGGGUUCCACAGUGAUCCUGCCGUGCCAGUGGAGAAACAUCACGGUCCAAACUCCACAUGUUCAGUGGAGCACUCUUUUUGAGACGGUGUUUGAGAGAAAAGGUGUGAAGAUGUAUGAGGGUGAGGGAUAUGAGAACCGUGUGGAUGUUCCUCAGGACAACCUUCUUAAAGGAAACUGUUCUCUGGUGCUGAUGAACGUCAGACUCUUGGAUACAGGCGUCUACGAGAGUUACAUGUCUGUGAAGCGCAGGAAGAGAGCCAGCACUACGAAAUGGGUUUUACUGGAGAGCAUCGAGCUCUCAGUCUAUGAAAAACCUGAAGAGAUUCAACAUGAUAUUUCAUAUAGCAGAGCUGAAGAAAGUUUUUAUAAAAGAUUAAUAGCUGGUGCAGGAGUGAAAAGUCAUCAACCACACGUCAUCCUAAUCUCUCUUCUUUUAUGUUUAUGUCUCCUUCACUUCUAAAUGGAAACAUCAGAGGAGCAUGUCUUGUUAAAAACCACAAAAUAUUAAGCAUUCAAAACUGUUACAGCAUUAAAUAUUGCACAACACAAGCACUGGAGACUUUUCAAUUUCUGAAGUUGUCAAGUAUAAUUUGAACCUGUGAUUUUGUUCAUGUUAUAAUUUAUUUUUAUAAUAAAUAUAUUUUGUUCACAUUUAGAAUUUGAGUCAAGAUUGCUGCUGUGAUUGAUUUUUCAUUUUGGUUUUGAACAUGGUAUUUAUAUUUAAUGAUGUAUUUCUCCACCUUGUACACGAAUGAUAGCCUGCUCCAGACUCAUCACGCUUACACUGUGUUUUUUCCUUUAAUAAUGACCUGGUAUCAGUGCUGUAACUGUGUCAGACAACUUUUUAUGCACACACCUACAUCACUUACAUAUAGAUCUCUUAUGGUGGCAGAGACGGGAAGUUAGAAAGUAUUUUGGUUACUGUACUUAAGUAGAUUUUUCUUGUAUCAAUGUUUUACUUCACUAUUUAUUUAUUUAACUUUUUACUUUCACUCGUAAAAUUUUUACACAAAUGUCUGUACUUUCUACUUCUCACAUUGUCAAAACAGACUUGUUACUUUAGUUCUAAUCUAUUCAUUUGGUGACAUGAUCAAUAUUCUUCUCACUGCACCAUUUUCAGCACAUCAGCAUGUUUCCUGUCAUUGUGCAGCUUUUCGAACCACUGGUGGAUCAUUUCCUCUCUCUCUCACAC